AUGCCAAGCGCAGAGAUCCACCGUCGCAUCGACUCGCUCGAUUCGCGUCUGUCGUGGUUCUACGUCCGUCUCCUCCUCGUCACGGGCGUCAGCUGGGCCGUGCACUCGGCGGAGCUCGUGCUCUUCCUCUUCACGCGUCGACUCGUGGCUCGCAAUGUCGGAAUGGGCACCCGCGCACUCGAAGCGUUGGGCGUCGGCAUCUUCGUGGGGGCGGCACUGGGCGGGCCACUGUUCGGUCGCAUCGCAGACGCUCGUGGCCGACGUUGGGCGUUGUUGCUGUCGAUGAGUCUGUCACUGCUAGGGUUGGCGAUGUCCGCCAUGGCGACCAAGCACUACCACGUGAUCAUCGCUCGAGUGGUGGCAGGUGUCGGCCUGGGCGGGGAGCUGCCGGCCGCUACUGUUUUGGUGCAGGAGCUGAGUCCGAGACCCAUGCAAGGCCGAAUGGUGGCUCUGCUUGAGGCUUUCACAGGCGUGGGAGGCGUCGUGGGCGUGGCGUUAGCCUUCGGGUUGGCGCCACAAAUCGGAUGGAGAGUCACGUACUUGGGUAUCUGCGGCUUGGUGCUGUACGUGGGCGUACUGCGAUUUGGUCUCCCGGAAUCUCCACGAUGGUUGGCGAGUGUGGGGAGAGUGGACGAAGCUCUGGCGGUUGUGGAGAAGCUGGAGGAAGCGCAUGGACAUCGACCGCUAUACAAGAAACUCACUGGAGUUGAUGACCCGAUGACAACGAGAGCUUCUCCGGCAAAAGUGCUGUCUUUGGUUAAUCCAUCGGUGCAUACACUCGUGCUGUGGAUACUAUGGAGCGUCAUGGUGCUGUCAGCAUACGCUCUAGGGGUGUACAUGCCUACACUCAUCAGUUUAUGGGGAUUCAACGUGUUCUCGAGAUGGAGCACGAUGGCGUUAAUUGGCGUGGCUCAAGUGGCUGGGUGUGUAUUCGCGUCGCUUGUACUGGAUGAAUUCGAUCGCAAGCAGGCACUGGCUGCUUUCGCUACUUCAGCUGCGGUGGUAGCGGUCUUGACAAGUCAAACACCGUGGAAUGGCCCAUUUGUGGUCGUGGGCACGAGCGCAGUAUCAGCUCUCAUCGCUGCAAGCUGGAGUUGCGUGCUGGCCUAUGCCCCCGGGAAUUUUGCGACGGAGUGUCGCGGUCGUGGAGUUGGAUACGCGUUUGGCUUUAGUCGACUAGGCGCUACCAUCGGGGCUUUGCUGUGUCCUUACAUGUUCAACGUGUGGAAGAUGCCGGUGAGUGCGAUCGCUUGGGUUUUCGCCGUAAUACUGGUGGGAGUAGUUUAUGGGGUCGUUCUCCCUUAUGGACGCAGCGAUUUGGCACGAGAAGAUGAAGAUAACCUGGACUCGCAGAGAUCUUACUUGUUCGGCUCUGCACCAGAUGAAGAAGACAUCCCUCUUGUCCCGGGUUACAGCUCCAAGACAGCGACCUAUAACGUAUAA